GAAGCUGGCAUGGACCAAAAGAGGAGUGAGGCUUGUUUCUGGAGAGGUGGGAAGGAUCGAAAAGGUGCUGAUCGCCAACCGAGGAGAGAUCGCGUGCCGCGUGAUGCGAACGGCUAAGAAGAUGGGCGUCCGCUCGGUGGCGGUGUACAGCGAUGCAGACAGGGACUCCAUGCAUGUGGCCAUGGCGGAUGAGGCCUACAACAUCGGGCCGGCUGCUUCCCAGCAGAGCUACCUCUCUAUGGAGAAAGUUCUGGAAGUGGCCAAAAGAUCCGGAUCACACGCGGUCCACCCGGGCUACGGCUUCCUGUCUGAAAACACGGAGUUUGCCGAGGCGUGCAAACAGGAAGGGAUCGUCUUCAUCGGGCCUCCUUCCUCCGCCAUCCGAGACAUGGGCAUCAAGAGCACGUCCAAGCACAUCAUGUCCGCCGCCGGCGUGCCGAUCAUAGGCGGCUACCACGGAGAGGACCAAUCCAACGAGAGGCUGCAGGCGGAGGCGGCGCGGAUCGGCUAUCCCGUCAUGAUCAAGGCGGUCCGUGGAGGAGGAGGGAAGGGAAUGCGCAUCGCUCGGUCAGACGCCGACUUCUUGGAGCAGCUGGAGUCGGCGCGACGAGAAGCCCGCAAGUCCUUCAACGACGACGUGAUGCUGGUGGAGAAGUUCGUGGAGGAUCCCAGACACGUGGAAGUCCAGGUGUUCGGGGACAUGCACGGAAACGCCGUGUAUCUCUUUGAGAGGGACUGCAGCGUCCAGAGGAGACACCAGAAGAUAAUCGAGGAGGCACCAGGGCCUGGAAUCAGCCCUGAGGUCCGGAGGAAGCUGGGCGAGGCGGCUGUCAGAGCCGCCAAGGCGGUGAACUACGUCGGCGCAGGUACGGUGGAGUUCAUAAUGGACGCCCAGCACAACUUCUACUUCAUGGAGAUGAACACCAGGCUGCAGGUGGAGCAUCCUGUCAGUGAGAUGAUCACCGGGGUCGACCUGGUGGAGUGGCAGCUCAGGGUGGCAGCAGGCGAGCGGCUGCCUCUCCUGCAGGAGGACAUCGCCUUAAAGGGCCACUCGUUCGAAGCUCGCAUCUACGCCGAGGACCCAAACAACGACUUCCUGCCGGGAGCCGGGCCCCUGCUGCACCUGUCCACGCCCGCAGCCGACCAGCACACCCGCAUCGAGACGGGGGUCAGAGAAGGGGACGAGGUUUCUGCUCACUACGACCCGAUGAUCGCCAAGCUGGUGGUUUGGGGAGAAGACCGAGCCGCCGCCUUAAAGAAACUACGUUACUGUUUACGGCAAUAUAACAUCGUAGGACUGAACACCAACAUAGACUUCCUGCUCAGCCUCUCCGGCCAUCCUGAGUUCGAGGCGGGACGCGUGACCACCAGCUUCAUCCCCCGGUACUACGCCGACCUCUUCGCCCCGCAGUCGCCGCCCUCCGGGGAGGCGGUCUGCCAGGCGGCGCUGGGCCUGCUGCUGCGGGAGCGCCGGCACACGGAGGAGUUCACGCGGGGGUCCGCAGAUCCGUUCUCCCCAUUCGGCUCCAGCAGCGGUUGGAGAAACAACGUGGAGUUCACCAGGAACAUGGCGUUACAGCUGGGAGACGGCAAGGUUGACGUUGUCGUCACGUAUAACUCGGAUGGAAGCUACAGAAUGCAGAUCGGCGAGGAGGCGUACCAUGUGAGCGGGGCCGUGGAGGUGGAAGGCGGAGCUUCGUUUCUGCGCUGCUCGGUGAACGGAGUGAAGUCUCGUCCCAAGCUGGUGAUCCUGGACGACACCGUUCACCUCUUCUCCAUGGAAGGGAGCGCCCAGGUUUCUGUUCCUGUGCCAAAGUUUCUGGCUGCAGUGAGCGGGUCUGGGGCCCAGGGCGGAGCGGUCGCCCCCAUGACCGGGACCAUAGAGAAGGUGCUGGUGAAGGCUGGAGAUAAAGUGGCUGCUGGCGACCCUCUGAUGGUCAUGAUAGCCAUGAAGAUGGAGCACACGAUCCGGGCGCCCAAGUCGGGCGUGAUUAAGAAGGUUUUCUUCAGCGAGGGCUCGCAGGCCAGUCGGCACGCCGCUCUGGUCGAACUGGAGGAGGAGGAGGAGGCGGGGGAGGGGGAGAGGGAGGGGAGCAGCAGCAAGUAAAGAGUCGCCCAGUUAAACCCACAAAUACAGUGACGCGGCAGAAGAGACCCAGAGAUUUAAGUCAUCUGAUGUAGAGCAGUGUUUGAUUCAGGCGGAUAAACCUAAAGUUUCUGUUUUAUUGCCUUUUUUUUUCUUUUCUUUUUUUUUUACACACAUUACAGCGUCACGUCGUGCAGAACCUCCACUGGAACAGCUCUCCUUGCUUCAGUCUUGGUAUUUCCCUGAAUCCAAGGAGACGUGGGUCACUGGAAAUGCUAAACUACACUGAAACGUCCAUUAAUAGAAUGGAUUAAAUGUGCACCAAGUCAUCAGUUACUGAUCAGAACGAUCGGCUCCGGUCCAGUAAUGAGAAACCGGGGUUGAAAAGUCCAGUUUCCCUUCGAUUUAAGCCUGCUGUGGGUUUUGCUGUUAGCUUUUAUAUCUUUAAGUCAGAUGAGGGCUGUUUGAGCUCAAGCUCACAUCACCUAGAGCAACUCCAGGCCUUAACGACGGGGGUCCUGCCGGUUUUAGACGUGUCCCUGCUGUAAAACACCCAAAACUGGAGAGACCUAAAACAAGCAGGACCCCCGAGGACAAACUUAGGGACACCAGCGGGACGGACGGAGCAGGAGCCAAUAAUGUCUCCCUGUCACCAUGAACGGCCUUUAAGGGAUGGAAAAGUUUGUUAGGGUAAACCCAAACUUAUCAGGUCCAUAAAUCAUGACAUGUAAAGUUGUUUUUUCUGCUAUUCAUGUUCAAUUUCUUUGUUUUUUUUCUUAAACUGGCAGCACAAAACCUGACGUGCAGCAGAGAAAUUGUGCGUAAUUUGUCCAGUCUUCAUCUUUUUCCCUUAACAUGCGGGACAAACUCCAGAUGUAACGACCCUAAAAUCUUCAUUCUUAGAGGUGGUUUGUUGCUAAGUUUAAAGCGGCUCAACAACUUGUGUCAUUUUUCUGGAAAUAAAAGUUUUUUUUCCAGUCUCUCUGCAGACUUUAAGCUCAGAUAUUUAGUAACCUAGAUGUCACAACCCUGCAGCGUACGUCGAAGCUGUUUGGAUGGUAGCGGGAACACUCCAGAUUCAUUUAGUUCAACAUGUUUUCUCCCCAUAUAUCUCAUUUCUUGUGCCGGAUCUGACCCCAAAUAACCCCUAAAGCAGGAGAAGUCGGUCACAGACGGCUUUCAGCAGACAGAUGUUUGUUUCUGUUUAAAUCCGCCCACAGAAGAGUUUCACGCAGACGUCUGAGCUGCAGCGGAUCUAACUAACGGUGUGCUACGAGGCCUUUUAGACUAAAACUGUAACUCCUAUUCCCUGGAUUGUUUGUAGCUGAUUAAAAAUGUUAGACUUGUCAAAUAUUGUAAUAAAUCUUUUUUUUUUUUUUUCUAAAUAUA